UUUAGAGCUGCAGCAAAUGGUAGGAAAAAGAUGUUGCAGUAUCUUGUUAAAGAGGUUGAACAUGUUGGUGAUAUAAGAGAACACUACUACAGAAAUGAUCAAAUCUCUAUUUUGCAUAUUGCUAUCAUUGGCCAACAUUUUGAUACAGCUCUUUGGUUACUGAAAAGAGAAAGGACACUUGGCCUGUUGAAGGAAAAAAGUGGCAUGACUUGUUUGCAGCUCCUAGCAAGCAUGCCAAAAGCUUUUAAAUCUUCUUCUCAAAUCAAGGGACUGAAGUUGUUCGUAUAUAUCUGUCUUCCGAGCAACUUACGAGAGAGUAAUGAUGAUGAUUAUGACGAUGAUGAUGAUGAAUUUGAUCAGCCUCUUUCACAAAAAGGAGAAGAUAUAGAGCGUGGAAUUCGAUCAAAUUCAUUUAAAAAAUCUGUCCAGAGAUCAAUUCCUUAUAGAGUCAUAUAUAGGAUGUACUGUGACUUAUGGAGAUUCUUAGGCUAUGUUUGGGAGAAAAUUUCCGAAACCCAGGAAAUGAAGCAGAAGCACGAAUUAGCCCAGAAACUGGCUAGGAAGCUAGUGAAAAUAGAUCAUUCUUGGGCUCUAACACAUGAAACACUGGACAACACAAUCUAUAUAGAAGAAUAUGGAAGAGUAGAAGAAUCUACAUCGGUAACAAUAGCAUCCGCUAAGAAGAAAAAGAAAAGCUCAUUGCUUGAUACACCGUUGCUCAUUGCAGCCAGCAAUGGUAUCGAAGAAAUAGUUACAGAGAUACUUUUGAGAUAUCCUCAAGCCAUAGAUCAUGUUAGUAGAAAUGGACAGAACAUACUUCAUGUAGCCAUCAUGUACCGUCAGCUGGGAGUGUUUGAGCAUUUAGAGAACCUAGGAACAGAAGUGGGAAAAUUAACUACCAUAAUCGACAACAGUGGCUACUCGAUACUGCAUCAUGCUGCCGAUACAUCAUAUUUCUCCGGAGGAACUAGACCUGGUGCAGCAUGGCAGCUGCAAGAGGAAUUGAGAUGGUUUGAGAGAGUGAGACAAUUAAUUCCUUCCCAUUAUGUAAUGCAUCAAAAUAAUGAAGGCCUAACAGCAGAGGAGCUCUUCAAAGAAAUGCACAAGGAUCAGCACCAAGAGGCGAAAAAAUGGAUAUCGAAUAUUGCACAGUCAUGCUCAGCAGUUGCUCAACUGGUGGCAUCGGUAGUUUUUGCUGUGGCUUUUGGGGUCCCUGGAGGAUUCAGAGGAGAAUCCAAAAUCGAUUCUGAGAAAAAUGAUACUAGUACUAAAAGGCUACUUUCUAAAGAAGUUGCUAAUAGAGAAGGUCUUCCAAUUCUCCUGGAUAAGCCUCUUUACUCUUUUUUUACUGUCAUGGAUGUUACCUCUUUGGCCACUUCUCAAAUCUCUCUGGUUCUUUUCCUCUCGAUCCUCACUUCAUCGAACGAGCACAAGGAUUUCCGUAGUAAUCUCCCAUGGAAGCUUACUCUCGCAUUUAACUUCUUAUUUUUCUCAGUGACAACAGCCAUGGCUACUUUCAUUGCGAACAUAUUUCUCACUGUUCGGCCUAAGCACGAGUUGGUGAAGAUAUUGAAUUAUGUUGCUGCUUUCUUUCCCAUCAUUUUGUUUAUUAUCGCACAAUCUCCGAUGUAUGCUGCAUUCUCUGCUACCUUCAUGGAUGUUCUUAAGUUGAUUUGGAGGAUUAUUCUUCCUCAGAAAUGCUUGAAUCUUUGUAAGCGUUCCAUGUGAGAUCAACAAGAUUUUUCAAUGAUUUUCCACUGAGUUUUGGAUUUUUUAAAUAAUUAUAUGGUGAUUUUAUAGAGUUGUAGACCUGGUACUUGAUAUUAGUAAGUGAAGUUUGAUCCAAAUAAUAGGAAAGAUGCUAACCUCGUUGAGUUGAACUGCAUAUGAUUGGUAUGUCGUUUUCUUUAUAAGAGACCACGAAUUCGAGUUAUACUCUACUCACGUGUGCAUCUUUGAU